AGUAAUAUAAUAAGCUUAAAAUAAUUUAAAAAAAACGGGCUAACAAAAAUCAAUUAAAAACUUGUACGAUAACAAAUUUUUAGGUAUUUUUUUAAGUAUGUUAUGCAUAUGCAUUUAGUGUUUCAUGUGAUUUCAAAAUUAGAAAAAUAAAGAGGCGAGAAAGAGAGAAGAAAAAAGAGACAAAUAAAAUUAUAUAAACUAGCUGAUUAUUUGAUCAAACGCUAUGCUUAUUGCUAUACUGCUAUUAUUUUUAUUUACUAUAUUUGUGUGCAAUUAUUAUGUGCAUUACGGAAAAAAUGGGCGACUUAUUAAUCUUAUACCAGGACCACCAGGUUAUCCGAUUUUUGGAAACACAUUUCAAUUAUUGGUUUCACGAGAAAAACAAUGGAACACUGUAGUCAGCGUUUCCAACCAAUAUUAUCCUAUUUCUAAAGCUUGGGCAUUUUUUUUAGCUAAUGUAAUGAUCCGUCAUCCGGAUGAUAUACAAACAAUAUUAAGUAAUACAAAGCACCUCGAAAAGGCUAAACUGAUAUAUGAUUUUUUUCACCCUUGGAUGGGUUCUGGUCUUGCCACUAGUAAAGCCGUCAAAUGGUAUUCACAGCGAAAGACAUUAACUCCAACAUUUCAUUUCAAUAUAUUGCAACAGUUCGUUGACGUUUUCGUACAGGAAGGCGAAAAUAUGACAAAGUUUUUGAAAAAUUCAAAAGAUACAGUUGUAAAUGAUGUCAUAUCGUUUGUUAGUGAAUAUACCCUGAAUGCAAUAUGUGAAACCGCCAUGGGCACUUCUCUACGAGAUCACGGUGAUUUCCAGCAACAGUACCGAGAAGCGACUUUCCGAAUGACCGAAAUUAUUACAUAUAGAAUAUCAAGGCCAUGGCUGUACUCUGAUUGGAUAUUUUCAUUGACAUCAAAAGGCAAACAGCAAAAAAGGAAUUUGGAGAUAUUACAUGGGUUUACUGAACAAAUUAUUGCUGGACGAAAACGUUAUCAUGAACGCACUAAUGGACGAUACUUGAAAAACCUUAGUAAUGAUGUAUCAGCAGAAUUUGUUGCUGAUAAAAUUGGAACACAAAGAAAGCGACUUGCCAUGUUGGAUCUCCUAAUAGCGGCAUCUCGCGAAGGUCUUAUGACUGAUUCAGAUAUUAGAGAGGAAGUCGAUACUUUUAUGUUUGCGGGCCAAGAUACUACAGGGAUAAGUCUAAGUUUCCUAUUAGCACUAUUAGCGGAGCAUAAGGAUAUUCAGGAACGUGUCAGGAAUGAAAUUGAUUCCGCUAUGCAAGAGAAUGACGAGAAAAUUUCUAUGAAAUUGUUGCAACAACUGCCAUAUUUAGAAAGAUGUAUAAAAGAAGCGUUACGUUUGUAUCCCAGCGUACCUUUUAUAAUACGUACUUCCGGAGAAGACGUAAAACUACAAUCAUAUGUAGUUCCUGCUGGGAUAAAUAUACUAAUCCAUAUUUAUGGAGUUAAUAGAGAUCCCAAUUUCUGGCCAAAUCCAGAAGUAUUUGAUCCUGACAGAUUUUUGCCUGAGAGGGAUCGAAAUCGUCAUCCUUACUCGUAUAUAACAUUCGGUGCUGGACCACGUAAUUGUAUCGGUAAGCAAUAG